AUGGUGAAAGCAAUGUUGGACAAGUUGAUAGAGGCAGUGAAAUCCCUCAAAGAUGGAAGUGACUCUCAGAGUGAAACAAAUACCAAUGUAAACCAAACAAGUACAGAAGAUGCGAUAGACUGUCUCUUUCCUAGCAUUGGGACAUCUCGUGGUUCAAUUGCUUCAUCUCGUCAAAAGGACGGAAAUGCUUUAAGUCUAUUCAAUUCAAAUGUCAAUUACGCGCCAAAACGACGCAAACGUAAUGGUCCUUCUACUAGUUCGAGCACAAGUAGUUGUACUGCAGCCAAAAAGAAAACACCAGAAAGUAACUGUAAAUCAUUACUUAAAGACAUUAUUCUCCUUCCAAGUCCACAAAUAGAAAGUGUUCCUCGAGGACGUUUUUGAGAAUACCUUUAUGAGAACGGAUUUGCUGAGUCAGCAGUAGGAAUAAGUGAUCAAAUGUCUGAGGAAGAUAUAAAAGUCAAAGUUGCUAACGUUUUUAAGGAAAAGCUGGAGCUCAGCCCAAUUACAAUUUUGUCAGGGCAAUUGGCAACAAGAUUGUUAGAGUAAACAAUGGACCUUAUACAGGAAAACUUUUGAAGCACAUUUCAAACCAGGGACCUGUAUACAUCAGGUCAGUUAUUGAUGUGUCAGGGGAAGACCUUAAAGGAUGGCUUGGUGAUAAAUUUGAAGAUGAGUCAAAUGAUGACGAGAGUAUCAUGAAUCCUGUUUUUGCAAUGAACGAUAAAAGAAAAGUUGCUGCAAGUACUACACUGCAGCCGCAGGUGCCUGUGGAAGUAAGAUGA